GUCUACCGGUUUACUGAACUGCCUAAUCAAGUUCGAGAAUCAAUUCUAUUUUGACAUCAAAUGGUUUCGGACCCCUCCCAACUACAAAUAAUCCGACCAUCUAAUUUAUUUGGAGGACAACUCUAUUGAAAUUUUUUCCUUAUGUUACCGAACUCUUACUCCACCCUUCAUCUCUCUAGCAAAAUGAGACUAAGAAACAAUUCUUAAAAUAGCUUGAGUAAUCUUUCUUCACUAGCUCGGAAUCAGAAUGCACAUUUCAAAAUCCACCAUCACUGAUAAAGGCAUUACGAUUUCUAGAGGAAGAGAGAUUAGGGCUUUGACUCUCUUCUCUCCCAAACCAUUUCAUAUUCUUCUCCGGUCACUGGCUUACCGUCACUCUUCUUCUUCCUCGCAAGCUCAGAACACCAUGCCGCGCCUCCAAUUUCUCUCCACAUUCCAAUCUCAGUCCAUCCAAAUUUUCCCUCCCUUUUCCGCCAUUGAGAUCGGAGCUCCAUGCUCCGAGGUACUCUUUCUCCAUCUUCUCAUUCAUUUCAUUCAUUUUUAGGGAGACAAUUUUGAUACAGAUAGGAUCCGAUUGUCUAACAAGUAUACAAUAAUUGAAUAAUCUAUAUGUAUAUGUGGAAAAUGGAAAUCAGUUCUUCAAAGUUAAUUACAUUCAUUGGAUGUUAUGAUGCUUGGUUAUUUCUUUUUAUAGCUUUAUUUCAUUGCUUUUAUGUGUUGAUUCUUAGUCUCUGAAAACUUAUCCAAUACAAGAAAUUUUUAGGUUUAGUUUAUAUAAGUGGCUAGUGGCUACCUUCAUGUUGAUUAUAAUUUAUGCAUGUAUUUCUGUGGGCAUCUCCGUUCUCGGCACUGCUUGGUAAUGCCGUUUCCCUUGCUUUUUUCCGUUUACUAUUCUCUGUUUUUUUUUCUUCUCAUGUUUGAAUCUGAUUAUGUAAUAGUUGAAGAUGAAUUUAUAUAACCGGUUGUAGCUUAGAGAACCCCAUAUUAUUGAAAUCAGUGUUAGUGAUGGCAGAUGGUGGGCCAGAGCCAAAAUUCUGCAAUAAAGUAUGACAUAUGGCACCACCAUCCUUCACAUAUUUGACCGUGGAGGAGAGCCAAAAAACCGCCACCGAUAUCCUGCCAUGGCCGAUAUUUGACAACACGUAUUGGAAUAUGAUUUUAUUGAAGGAUUACACAACUAUAGGAGCUAGAUGGGUAGAAGCACUCAAUGUUAAUGAAUAUUGGCCAUGGCAGAUAUCAGUGGCGGUUUUUAGGCUCGUCACAAAGGUAAAUAUCGGCCGAUAUUGCGGGUUUCCAUCUUAAUCCGCUAUGAAGGCGCUGCAAAGCAUCCACUAUGACGGGAUUUUGGCUCUCUGCCAUGGACUGAUAUGUGCAUUGACAACAUUCGAAGCACUUAUCAUCUGCCAUCAACAACACUCGAAGCACCUAUGGAUACCGAAGAGAGGUCAAAUGAAAUCUAUAUAUCCUACCAUGCUUGAUCAACUAGUUGUAGAAGGACUGUUUUGUUGUUUCAUUUGUAUAUGUUAGCAUAACAAGCUAAUUAAAUGUUCAAAGCUUAGUCAACAUUUAAUUUACAAGUCUGCAUAUAGCAUUUGCCAGUAUGAGGUUUAGUUUUAAAUAAGACGAACUCUAAUUAAAUGGUUUCAUGAAUCACUUAGUAGAAGUAACAUGAUUCCAUGUCGUCAUUAAGUACAUUUCAUAAUUGGUUUCACGUGUUGGUUGUCAUGAUAUUUUGUUGUAUGAGAUGAAAGAUGCGAGGAGGCUGCUCGGUAGACUGCUCCUGUGGAAAAGGUUGAGGAGAAAGCAUUGGUUAAUUUGGCCAAAGUGAGGUUCUGAGAAAUGUUGCUAUCAGGGAACUAAGAGAAGAAAUAUGAGUUAGUUCAGCAGAAGUGAUUGCAAAGGAUAGUAGUAGUGGGAUGCUCUGCUUUUGUUUUUCCCCUUGCUAGUACGCUUUGUGCUCGGAUUUGAGUUGUGUUAAUAUAUUUAGCCGUUUCAAAAAGAAACUCACCAUGCAAUGUGAUUAGCUUGUGUUGAAACUUGAGCUGCUAUUAUUUCUGAAGAUUUUCUUUUGUUUCUCUAUUUUUGUUAGAUUACUUGCUGGUUUUUAAAGUUUCAGGCGAAAUUGCUUGCUUUUGGAUAUUUGGCGGGAACCUGUAGGAGGCCUGAAUUUUUAUUUAAAAGUCCUUUGUAACGUUUAAGCAGUGGCUAAAUGUUAACACUCUUGAUUCUUGUGCCUUCGUCGAAGUUAGGCUGCGCUCUUCUCGAUUCAUCAAUGGCCUCAAACAACAUAACUUCAACAUCAACAUCAAGAUCUAAAAAACAACAUGGAGAGGCUGCUAUUGAUGAUUGUCAAAUCUUGAAGAACAAAAUAGAUUCGUUAAAAGAAAAGAUCCAUGACGAGCGACUUAAAUCAAUUAAAGAUAAACUUUGGAUAAAUAGGGAGAAUCUUCGGUUUCAACUUUCCGAGGUCAUGGCAGCAGUGUCAAGAAAUACCUCAUUACAGACCGAGGAAGUUAACGCUAAAAUGCUUUCUUCAAGAAUUGACAAUCCUGUCAGUAAGUUUAGUGGUUUCCGUCAGGGUUUAGGAAGGAGAGAACAGAUACAAAAUCAAGAUGUAUCCUUUGAGAAAAGUUUCAUGUUACCAAGCUCUGAAAAGAUACCUCCAUAUACAUUUUGGUUACAUUUGGCCAGGAAUGAGAGAAUGACCAAAGAUCAAUCAUUUGCGGCAAGAAGAAACAUAUACUAUCAACAUGGUGGUGAAACAAUGAUAUGUAGUGACACCGAAGAAGAGUGCAAAGAGAAUAAAGAAGCUAAACAUUUUUCUCAGGGUGAAGACCAAAUUCUAUGGAUGGUAUUUGAGGAACAUGAUUUUACUGAGGAGGCAUUGAGUGUUGUUCAUAGCUGUAUUGGGGGCACUCACUCAGAGAUUCAGGAGAGGUAUAAAUAUCUCAAGGAAAAGGACAUGCAUGCUAAAAAUUCUCGAGAAAGUGAAUCUAUUACUGGAAUAUGUUUGGACAAAAGUUUGAGUGCCAGUUUAAGUACUUUUGAUCACUUUUUCUGUCGUCGUUGCAUGAUCUAUAAUUGUCCUUUACAUGGAUGUUCACAACCCUUAAUAUAUCCUAGUGAAAAGCAAUCAGUUUGGAAUGAACCAGAAGGUGAGAGUAAACCCUGCAGUGAUAAUUGUUACCUUAAGAUAAAGGAUGUCAAUACUUCAUCAGAAAAACCAACUCUAGAGUCUUCUCCAGAUAAAGAAAUUAAAAAAACAGAAAAUGUUGAAAUGGAUUAUCAUUUAGAUCUCAAUUCAGAUGUUAAGGACUCAGAUCUGCCAGUCUCAUCAUUAUGUGACUCAACUUCUCCUUGUGAAUCUCAAAAUUCUCAUAAAAAGCUGAAGCGAAUCCUAGAGAGCAAAGAAACUGCAAAUGGAGAUUAUAACAAAGAAAGUGCGGAAAUCACAGAUAAAAUAGAAUUGUUGCGAUUAUCCAACUCAAUGGAAUGGCAAGUUGAUGAGAAGCAUAGUAUAUCAGAUUGGAAACCUUUAGAGAAAGAUUUAUAUUUGAAGGGAAUUGAAAUGUUUGGGAGAAACAGUUGUCUUAUAUUUCGAAACUUACUUUCUGGAUUCAAGACUUGCACGGAAAUAGCCAGCUACAUGCGUGUUGAAGAGGCGGCCCGUAGAUCCAUAGAUGAAAAUGGAAAAUUUGAUGCAAAGUGCACUGACCAUGAGAUGCGAUCAAGUUUAAGGUCAUCUAAAAAAAAAGGAAAGAGCAAGCAAUUCAAAUAUUUACCAAAGACUCCACGCCUCAAGCCGAAUAGAAUUAAUGCUGGAGGAAACAUACUCCUGACGCAUUAUACACCUUGUGAGUGUCAAGGAAAGUGUGGAAAACAAUGUCCUUGUCGUCUUAAUGGAUAUUGCUGUGAAAAGUAUUGUGGGUGCGCUAAACUAUGCGGAAAUCGGUUCAGAGGAUGCCAUUGUGUUAUAACUCAAUGCAGAAAACGAAACUGUCCAUGCUUUGCAGCAAACCGGGAAUGUGACCCAGAUGUCUGUAGAAAUUGUUGGGUUAGUUGUGGUGAUGGUUCAUUAGGAGAGCCACCUCAUCAUGGAGAAAAUGAAUGUGAAAACAUGAAUCUUUCUUUAGGGAAAAAACAAAGGAUUCUUUUAGCCAAGUCUGAUGUUGCUGGAUGGGGAGCCUUCUUAAAGAAUCCUGCCAACAAAGAUGAUUUUUUAGGAGAGUAUACAGGUGAAUUAAUAUCUCAUACAGAAGCAGAGAAGCGUGGUAAAUUGUAUGAGCGUGCAGACUUCUCUUUUCUUUUUGACUUGGAUGAUGAGUAUGUUAUUGAUGCUUAUCGCAAAGGAGACAAGUUAAAAUUUGCAAACCACUCCUCAAAACCCAACUGUUAUGCAAAGGGUAUGUUUGUUCGUGGAGACCAUCGAGUAGGCAUAUUUGCUGGGGAACGCAUUGAAGCUGGUGAGGAACUUUUCUAUGAUUACAAGUAUGCUGCAAAUCACAGAGCACCUGCAUGGUUUGUUAAAGCCAAUAAUGCUGCCAAGAAAAAAGAACUUGCAAAUUCUCAUGGCAAAGCCAAGAAACGCUAGUCUCGUGCAUUCAUCAUUGUGUUUCACUAUUUUAUAGUCCAAAUUGUACCAUAUCUUCUCUCCGUCAACAACUAUCCUAUGGAAAAUACUCAUCUUAUACUGCUACAUACUAAAGAUAUACUAAAUUGCACUACAUAAAGGUGAAUGUGAUAACUCAACUGACAUGGGUUAAGAGGAGUGUGAUAACUCAACUGACAUGGGUUAGUUGAGUUAAAUUGAUGUACUCAUUGUUUAGGGUUGAAUAUCUGCAGUAUUUAUUUAUAUUUACGUACUUAAUUGCAUUUGCAUUGGAUAAUUGAAAAUACAAUAAAUUUUUUGACAUUAAAGUUAUUAUUGGAAUAACAGCGCAUGAGUUAUUUAUUUAUUUUUUUAAAUUGGAGAAACUUUUAUCCAUUAAAAUGAUGUUAAUAACUAUUUUACCACAGUUUCUAAAAAGUUGAACUAUGGAGUUAAAGUCACAAUGUUAAGUUUUUACGCUUAACUAUGAAUGCUAUAGUUUUGACCCUUACUAGUGGCAAGACGUUUGAGUGCAAGAGUGAAUGCUAUAGUUUUAACCUUUACUAAUGGCAAGACGUUUGAGUGCAAGAGGCAGCCAUCUUAAACCAGAACUAGCCAACGUACGUCUUUCAUUGAAAAUUUGGGUCUUAAUAUUUAAUAAAUCAAUUAGCAAGCAAUCAAACUUUGAAGCUCCAUUAAAAAAAGGG